GACAGACUGGCAGUUCCUCAAAAGGGUAAACCUACAGUUACCACAUGACCAAGCAAUUCCUUUCCUAGCAGUGGAGCCCAGAGAACUGAAACUUACAUCCACACAUAAGUAUUAUUAAUAGCCAAAAAGUAGGAAGAACCCAAGUUUUCAUUAACUGGUAAAUGGAUAAAUUAGUUAGCAAUAAUAAAGAACAACCAACCAAUCCAUGCUACAAUGUGGAGGAACCUCAAGAAUAUUCUGCUGAGUGAGAGCAGCUGACACAGUGUAUGAUCCUAUUGAUAUGCGGUGUCCAGAAGAGGCAAAUCCGCAGAGACAGGAUCCCUGGAUGCCGGGGGCUAGGGAGAAUGGGAGGUGACUGCAGUGGGGACAGAUGGGUUUCUUUUGGGGUGCUGGAACUGUUCUGGACUUACACUGCGGUGAUGGCCACACAGCUCUGUGAGUAUCCUAACAAGCACUGAACUAUGCAUUUCAAAAGGGCGAAUUCAUGGUGAGCGCAUUAUAUCUCAAUAAAAAAUAGCAAUGUAGCUGAAGGAAAAGAGCAAAUCUGCGAGACGAGUGCGCCAGGCUCAAGAACAGUGAGAGAGCAGCCCUGAGGUGGUAGGUGCUUGGCCUGUUCCACAAACAGCCAGCAGCCUGCUUUGGCUGCAGUAGAGCUGGGGGGCAGGCCAUGUGGAACUUAGUAGGCCUGGGGAGCCCUUAGGGUGCGCUUUUUCAUGAGGUGGGCGGCCACUAGAGAGUUUCUGUUCAGUAGCACAGGUGGAUGUGGCCGUGGUGUGAAGGAGGUGGCUGGGUGGACCAGGGGUGCCUCCAGGAGACAGACCUGUUGGCAGGCAGCAGCUAUGAUCAGGUACUCGGGUGCUGGCAUGGGUGGCUGUGGCGGGGAAAGCAGUUGGAUUCAGCUGGGCCCGCCAGGUUUGCUGAUGGAGGGAUUGGGGUAGGGCCUGCGGGGAAGUCUCACCCGGAACAUGGGGAGGUCUCGGGCUUCGUGGAUUCAUGCUACAGACCUUUCUGAGUGUCCUUAUUGGGUCUGGACCUUUGCUGGGUAGGAGAGGAGAGACAGAUGUGAUGAGGCCUCUACCUGGUGCUACUCCUGGGCCACUAGAGGCCGUGGAUGGACUUCAGCCAGGUGGCUGCAGUGCAGCCUGGGGACUCUUGUGUCUUAGAGAGGCUGGGCCCUGAUAACCCACAGAGGACCUCUGUGGUCCAGGCCUGUGGCCUGGGGAGCUUGUGGGGAGACACAGGCCAGGACUGCCCAGUGGGGUCAGUGCCACAGUCCCAGCCCCACUCCAGGCUGGCAGAAUCCCGGGCAUGAGUACCUACCCCUUCCUGGGCAUCAGGAGGGGCUAUGGGAGCUACGUUUGUGCUGAGGAGUGGGUGGCAGUUAGGGUGGCAGUCCUAACCCUGGCCACUGGUCAAGGCUAUGUGAAGUACUGAGUGACAGUUGCUCUCAUGUUUCUGUCUAGACAGUGUCCCGCACUCUGACCUCCUACUCCCAGGCUGCCCUUCAGGUGUGUCACUUGGGCUCAGUGUCCUGUGGGCAGAUUGGGAGAAUGAGUCAACGGGAGGUAGUGAUGAAGCCUGAGCAGCCCGUGGCAGGUGGAGGGCGUAGAGAUGGAGAUACCACAAGCUUCCAGAUACACUGGUCCUGUUGAUGUGGCCAUACAACCGGGAGCCAGCCUGUGGGCAGUGCCAGGCAGCUGCAGCCAUGAGGCCUGGCACCCAUGGACAGGGAGCCGAGCUGCAAACAUUAUAGCAGAGCAUGUCCCUUGUCCCCAGGUUUAUUCCCAACCCAGGGCCACCUGGCCUGAAAUGCAACCAGGAGCCUUUCAGCCCUUUCACUUAGCCUGUAACUUUAGUGCAAAUGCUUCUUAGAGGGCUUUAUAGGAAGUUGCCAGUGAUGCUGGCUGAGCGAAUCAUUCUGGCGCAUUCCUCAGCAGAACAGGUGUGUUGGGGCAGGGCAAUGGGGAGCUAAAAUGGAGCAGCAGGCCCAGCUUUGUUUCUGGCACCCCUGCUCCUAGGGUUCUCUGGAGCAGGCCAGGCCUUUGAGGUUGUGAAUGGGUCCAGGGGAGCAGCUGUGAGCCUCCUCCCCUUUCUGGAAGGAGGAAGGAGUUGUAUUUCUGAAGCCUCGAGUUCCUGGCUGGACAGCUGCCUGCCAGGAAUUCCAGCCACCUUCAGGGCAGGGGACUAAGUCAGCUGCUGCUUGGGGACCCUGGGCCGUCUGUCAGGGACGAGUCCUUGUUCUCCCUGUGAGGAGGGUCAGCGCAGGCCACCUCUGUGGCCCUGUCUUGCUGUGCCAGUUGGCUUCAGUCAUUCCUGGCUGGGGAAGGUGAUCCGCCGAGGAGAGGCCUCCUGGAGAUGUUCCUAAGGAAUGGGCCACCGUCAGGUCCCUGUGGGCUGUGUCCUGCUUUCAGAAGGCCCUGCUGUGCUCUGCAUGCCUACCCAAGAAGCCGCACUAUUGGAUGUGUGGGCCGGGCCUGUGCCCAGAAGCAGCUACACUUUAUGGACCAGCUGCUGGAGACAGUCCAGAGCCUGACCAUCGGAUACUCCAGCUGCUCCAGUGUGCAGGAGCACUUCGAGGACACCAGGGAGAAGAAUGAGGCACUGCUGGGGGAGCUCUUCUCCAGCUUCCAGCUGCAAAUGCUCCUGAGUCCCGAGUGUGCCCCGUGGUACCUGGACAUGCAAUCCCUCCUUGACGAGGAGGGCAGUGACUGGCAGAGGGCCAGCCCCUCUGUGGAGUUGGAGGAGGAUGAAGAGGAGGAAGAAGAGGAGGAGGAAGAGGAGGAAGGAGAGGAGGAGAAGGUGGUGGAACUGGCCAGGCAGCUGCAGGAGAGUGUGGCCAAACUGCAGGCACUGCGGUCGGAGCACUUCAUGCACAGCAAGCCAGGGGCCGCUGUGAGCGGGGCCAACAGCAGCACCGUGGAUCAGAAGCUGCGCCUGGUCAUCUCUGACUUCCACCAGCUCGUCGUAGCUUUCCUCCAGGUCUAUGACGACGAGCUGGCUGAGUGCUGUCAGCGCCCAAGCCCCUACCUCCACCCGUGUGGCCCCAUCGUCCAGGCCGUGUUCCAGACUCUGACUUCACGCAGCCAGAUGUUGAAAGUGGUGCUGGAGGUCACUGACACCUCGGCCAAAGCUGUGAAGAUGGCAAAGCAGCACAAGAGAGAGCACGUCUGUUGGAGCAGCAACAACUGUGUGAUGAGUCCAGAGCCGCAGAGCCUAUCGACGACAUUAAGUGAGGACUUACUGUAUCAUGUCCAAAUGAAAACCAACGUGGAGAAAAACAAGCAGACACUCUUAGAAGUUAAACAUGCUUGCCAAAGUGUUGAAAAAUCAAUGGAAAGAGUAGAAAACAAAAUGAGGCAACAAAUCUGUAAGCCUAGAAAGAAAAGAGAUAAAAUGAAGACACAGAGAAUCGAUGCAGAGGCCCGAUCCAGGUGGCUAACAGGCUCUCCACAGAAAGAGAGGGAGGAAAAUGGAGGGUUGAGGUUACCAGUGAAGCGACGGGCAUGCAGAGCUGAGGGGCCACGAAAAUGGAAGAACUAACCCAGAAAUAGAAGCUCUUCAACGAUGAUCUGCACAAAGGCCUGGAGUAGUCUGGGAGACGGAAGCUGGGCCCCAAAGAGCCAGGCGGCCAGGGAGGACCGACCGAGCCACUGGGCGGGAGAAGCAUUUACAGCCCCCAUGUUCUCUGGACGCAGCCUCCGGCUGCCUGGACCUUCACCUCCUUGGGAAGGAAAGGGCAGAGAUGGGGCAGGGCAGUGUGAGCUGCAGAGAAAAAAACCCUCAGGUUCCAA